AUACAGUGACAGAAUGGAACGUCCGAGCGGAGAUCCAAGUUUGACAGAAGUUGCUCUGGUAGAGUCAACAAACCGUCCAAUGGGAGUCCAGUUAGUAAAUUCCAGAAUGACAAAUAAAACUUCUGAUCCAAUGGAUUUAGUGGAAUUGGCUAAACAAGUUCAAAAGGCAGAUGAGUUUACGAGAGCUACAGCUGGUAGUAAAUUAAUAGUUAUAGCUGAUCAAAUCAAAUAUUUACAAGAACAGGCUAAAAAGGUUUUAGAAGAAGCUAAACGAAACGCUAUGUUACAUCAUGCGGCGUGUAAUAUGGUGAAGAAACCAGGCAAUAUGUAUUAUUUAUAUCAACGUGAUUCUGGACAGAAAUAUUUCUCUAUUUUAUCACCACAGGAAUGGGGUGCCAGUUGUCCUCACGAAUUUAUCGGAGCUUUUAAACUAGAAUAUGAUAUGUCCUGGUCUCCAAUAGAAGAAGUUGAAAGACGUGGAGAAGAAUUUGCGUUGAUUGAUAAAAUAUUAAACGCUAAAAACGCUAUAACUGACUCUACUGCGUUGAUGUUCGGGAAUACGAAACCAAGUACUGCGUCUGCUACACCCGCUGAACUAACAGACAUCACUGGAGAGAAAUAAUAAAUUAUGACUUGUCUCGAAGAGCAGACACAAAAAAAAAACCUCAAUAUGGACACAAGGUGAAUUGUAUUGGUCAGUUGUCUGAAGAUCGCAUGGCGUGAAACUCAGAGUAACACCAUGUUUCAGGUUCUGUUUUAAUAUUUAUAAUCUGUGAUUUUAUUAACUCUUUUUAAUCUGAAAGUUAUAAUUUACCUAUAUUAGGAGGCAGGGCCCAGUUUCUCAAAAUAUCUUAUGAUCAGUUUUUGUCCAAAGUGUUGUAUAACUCAAAGUAAAAUUUCACUGCUAUGACAAUUUAAUUAUCAUAAGAUUUGUUGAGAAACAAGAGCCAGAUAAUUACAAUGUAGGAUAUCAUGCUCUGAUGUUUAAACAAAUAAUGAAGUUGAUAUUGGUUUAAAUGAUCCUGUAAUGUUGAUUAUGAUGAGAAGGGCGAUAUAUUAGAUUUACUUAAAUUAAUUGAGGGAGAAUUUUUGUUUCUGUUUCUGUUUAUUAAAUGUAUGGUAGAAAGUAUUACACCUGAAUAGUGGUUUAUAUUUCAGGUUCUAAAUUCAUAGUGAUAUCAUGUUUGUCUAAUUUGUUAUCGUUGUAAAUAAUAUUAAAAACAUCCAAAUAAACUUUGAAAAG